AUGACAGCGUCCCGCUUGUUGUGUGCUUCUUUGAAGGGCGGCGGCUGGGGCAUGGACGACGGUGAGGGCGAUGGCGACGUUGGCAGAGGUGGCGACGACGACCUGACAGAGAACAGCACCUCGCAGUACCCGUGCUACCAGAAUGUCUCGGUCUUCACGUGCAACUACACAGACGCCAUUUGCGUCAUCGAAGACGGGCUUGCGUCGCCCUACUUCCAGGCGGCGGUGUACGUGUGCUACGUGUCGGUGCUGCUGCUGGCGCUGUUGGGCAACGGGCUGGUGUGCUACGUGGUGUACGCGUCGCCGCGCAUGUGGACCGUCACCAACUACUUCAUCGUGAACCUGGCGGUGGGCGACGUGCUUCUCACGCUCCUGUGCGUGCCCUUCUCCUUCGUGGCCACGCUCCUGCUGCAGCACUGGCCCUUCGGACCCGAGCUCUGCCGCACCGUCUCCUUCUCGCAGGCAACGUCGGUGCUGGUGUCGGCGUACACGCUGGUGGCCAUCUCGCUGGACCGGUACGUGGCCAUCCGGUGGCCGCUGCGGCCGCGCCUCUCCAAGCGCCACGCCAAGGCGGUGAUCGGCGCCGUGUGGCUGGUGGCCGUGCUCACCGCCGCGCCCAUCGCGCUGCUCUCCACGCUCACCCAGCCCUCCGAGUGGCACGCGCACUGCGGCUUCUUCGUGUGCGAGGAGGUGUGGCCCUCGGCGCAGGACCGCUACUACUAC